GGUAUAUAAGACUGUUAUUUUAUCCUGCGAACGUCAGUGUAGAUAGAAAACUGUCAUCAUCACCAUGAAGACCUUGCGGUUUACAUUGUUUUCACUGAUAGUCUUCGCUGGUUCUUGGCUAGUCAGCUCCGAUGACCUUAGUAGAAUCGGACUAGAACCACUACUAAAGGCAUGUCACGACAGAGACUUGGAAUGCCUAAAAAAAUCAACUGGUUUGUUCUUAAAGUGGACACAUAAAGGGCAUCCAAAAUUCAACAUGUUACCCAUAGACCCCCAGAACAUACCUUCACUGGACGCAGAUUUUUCGAAGAGCGGGUUGGCUUUAGAAAUCGGAAACAUGACCGUGAAAGGUUUGCGAGAUCAGGACAUACAUCAAUUUAAAAUGGAAGUAUCAGACGGGACGGUAAAGCUAACAACAGCUGCCAAGCUUAGCGUCGAUGGUGAUGUGAGAGCAGCGCGCAACAAGAAGCACCACUCGGGGGGACGUUUCAGCUCUUCUGGAGAUGUACUUGGUACAGCUCUUUAUAAUUACACACUGCAGAAGGACAACAAGGGGAUAGACCAUUUCGUUAUCGGCCCAGAAACCAUCUCCUCUGAGCUUGUGGGCACUCCAACAAUUAUGUUCAGCCCGAACCUUGCAUCAGCACUAUUCAAAAAUCACAAUUCUCCAAAGGAGAUAGAAGAGCAAUGGAAAGAGUAUUUUCGUAAAAUAGCAGAAAAAGCGUACGUUCCUGUCAUCCACAACAUCAGAUCGGCAGCCAACAUCUUCCCAGCGUCAGCGUUCUUCAAAAAUCUACACGAAAUUAAAGCAUUUGAAAGCCAUGGCGAUCGUCAUCAUUGACAUUAGGCCUACUACAUCUUGUCAGGGUGCGUAGCUGAAUGGCACAAACGCUCACGAAACGAAACGCUCGCAGAUCUAUCUCUAUUGCUCUUGCGUAUUGGCGUGACAGAGCCAGACUACUUUUCGCGGCGUUUCGUUUUCGUUUCGCGUCGUAGCAAUGCUAUUCGGUUACGGGGCCAGAUGAUUUAUACAUCAACAGUCUUUCAUGGCUAAACAAUCCAACAAGGAAUCAGUUUAAUGUUUGCGAUAACAUUUGCGGCUACAGCAGAGAGACAUGUCAUCAGUCAACUCCAGAAGGGCAAGCACGGUAGCGUGAUAUAGCUUAUCGCGUCGCUGCGUCCUUUUCGCACUUUUAAGUGGUAAUGGGACCAAAGCGAUAGGCUGUAUCACAAUACCGAGCUUGCCGCUAGGAUUGCCUUGAUAAUAAAAUAAGAUACGUGUAUUAUUA